UCUGCCCGGCUUCAGCUGCCGGGAGUGUCCGCCGCCUCCUUGAGGAGCAGCCCUCCGCCCCAGGAGGCUGCUGGCGCAGAGCUACCGGGGCCUUUCUGAGAAAUGUCCCCCCGCGGCACUAAAAGUUGUAACUUUUGCAAGGCUUGUGACUUGAAGUAGGGCAACCAGUAUUUUGAAGAGCUCUGUCAUAAGUACAGCUGUAUCUCUGAAAGUCCGCGCAUUUACUGGAGAAUCUUCCCAAAGCUUGCUCAAAUCGGAACCCAGAAAUUUCCCAAAAUCUUCACAAUGGAGUUCUUGGUAUCCAAAGGAGACUGUGUUAGAUGUUCCAAAAAAUCUUUAUUGCUACUUUUAGUAUGUGUCAUAGUUCUUGUGUGCACUGAUCAGGACUACUAUAGUUUACUUGGAGUGUCCAAAGAAGCAAGUAGUAGAGAAAUACGACAAGCAUUUAAAAAACUGGCACUGAAGUUGCACCCUGAUAAAAAUCAGAACGAUCCAAAUGCACAUGAAAAUUUUUUGAAAAUAAAUAGAGCAUAUGAAGUACUUAAAGAUGAAGAUCUACGGAAGAAGUAUGAUAAAUAUGGAGAGAAGGGUCUUGAAGAUCAGCAGCAAGGAGGUCGUUAUGAAAGCUGGCACUAUUAUCGCUAUGACUUUGGUAUUUAUGAUGAUGAUCCUGAAAUUAUAACACUGGAUAGGGGAGAAUUUGAUGCUGCUGUUAACUCGGGAGAAUUGUGGUUUGUGAAUUUUUAUUCUCCUCGAUGCUCCCACUGCCAUGACUUAGCACCUACAUGGAGGGAGUUUGCUAAGGAGAUGGAUGGAGUAAUACGCAUUGGAGCUGUCAACUGUGGAGAUAAUAGAAUGCUUUGCCGAAUUAAAGGGAUUAAUAGUUAUCCCAGUCUGUAUGUUUUCAAAACUGGAACGCAACCAGUGAAAUAUUACGGAGACAGGUCAAAAGAGAGCUUAAAGAACUUUGCCAUGCAAUAUGUUACAAGCACAGUCACUGAGUUAUGGGCAGGAAACUUUGUUAAUGCCAUUGAAACUUCGUUUGCUUCUGGUGUUGGUUGGCUGAUCACCUUCUGUGCUGAGCGUGGGGAUUGCUUGAGUUACCAAACGCGCCUUAAGCUAGCUGGCAUGUUGGAAGGUCUUGUUAAUGUAGGCUGGAUGGACUGUGGCACCCAGGGUGAGCUUUGUGAUAAUUUAGAUAUCUCAUCUAGUACUACAGCAUACUUUCCACCUGGAGCCACCAUAAAUAACAAAGAGAAAGGAGGUGUUUUGUUUCUUAACUCCUUGGAUGCCAGAGAAAUAUAUCAGGAAGUAAUGAAGCAUCUGCCAGACUUUGAAAUGAUCCCUGCAGCAUCAUUAGAGGACCAUCUGGCUCAUCACCGGUGGCUGCUUUUCUUCCAGUUUGGAGAGAAUGAUAAAUCAAAUACACAGGAAUUUAAGAAACUUAAAUUUUUACUUAAAGAUGAACACAUUCAGGUUGGCAAGUUUGACUGUCUUUCCUCACCAACCAUCUGCAACAAAUUAUAUGUCCAUCAGCCUUGUUUAGCAGUCUUCAAAGGAAAAGGAACUGGAGAUUAUGAAAUUCACCAUGGAAAGAAGAUCGUGUAUGACAUCGUGGCAUUUGCCAAGGAAAGUGUCAACUCUCAUGUUAUCACUCUGGGACCUCAGAACUUUCCUGACAAAGAGAAGGAACCUUGGCUUGUGGAUUUCUUUGCACCAUGGUGUCCUCCUUGUCGGGCUUUGUUACCAGAGCUGAGGAAAGCAUCCAAACAUCUUUAUGGUCAGCUUAAAUUUGGAACACUGGACUGUACUGUCCAUGAAGGGCUUUGCAACAUGCAUAACAUUCGAGCUUAUCCAACAACAGUUGUGUUCAAUCAGUCUGAUGUUCAUGAAUAUGAAGGACAUCAUUCUGCUGAGCAGAUCUUGGAGUUUAUAGAGGAUCUUCGGAAUCCAUCAGUGGUGUCCCUAACACCAGAGACAUUCGUUGAAUUAGUUCAGAGAAGAAAACGAGAGGAAAUCUGGAUGGUUGACUUCUAUGCUCCAUGGUGUGGACCUUGUCAGGCUUUAAUGCCAGAAUGGAAAAAAAUGGCCAGGAUGUUAAAUGGAUUAAUCAGUGUAGGCAGUGUGGAUUGCCAAAAAUACUAUUCUUUCUGUCACCAAGAAAGUGUUCGAGGAUAUCCUGAAAUAAGACUCUUUCCUCAAAAAUCAAACACAGCUCACCAAUAUUAUAGCUACAAUGGAUGGCACAGAGACUCAUAUUCACUGAGAGGCUGGGCAUUGGGAUAUUUACCACAAGUGUCUGUAGACCUGACUCCUCAGAGUUUCACAGAAAAAGUUCUGAACGGAAAAGAUCACUGGGUCAUUGAUUUUUAUGCUCCUUGGUGUGGACCAUGCCAAAAUUUUGCUCCUGAAUUUGAGAUCCUUGCAAGGGCUGUAAAAGGAAAAGUAAAAGCUGGAAAAGUUGACUGUCAGGCAUAUGGUCAGACCUGUCAAACUGCUGAUAUCAGGGCCUACCCUACUGUCAAGUUUUACCCCUACCAAGGAACAAAGAAAAGUGUUCUUGGAGAAUACAUAGACAGCAGGGAUGCAAAAGCUAUUGCUGACCUCUUGAACGAAAAACUAGAAGCAAUUCAAGAUAAAGGAAAAAGAAAAAAGUCUAGAAACAAGGAUGAACUCUGAGUGGUACUGGAGAUAGAUACGAUUCAAAAUAUGUUGAAGCUGUGAAUAUAGAAGACACCAUGAGGAAAAUAGAAGGCUGAUUACAUUCAUGACAGGACUAAAGAGAUGAAAGCUAGUUUGAGUUCAUGGAUGAAAAGCAUUU